AUGGAUGCGAAGGCCUACCUCAUGAGCCAGGGUUGGUCCGGGCCCGGUAAUCCACUACAGUCUUCGCGCCAUCCCGGCAGUCCCCAUGCUGGCCUGGGUCUUACUAAACCUAUCCUCGUUGCCCGAAAGAAGAAUACCCACGGUAUCGGAAAGAAGACAACACAUGACCAUACCAACCAAUGGUGGUUGAGAGGGUUUGAAGAGGCGCUCAAGGGGGUAGGCGACGAUGGGAGUGCGACACCCACGACAAGUGCGAGCGAAGAAAAUCGUUCUGGCAUGAGGAGUGAACUGUACAGGUUUUUCGUGAGGGGGGAGGGACUAAAGGGUACGAUUGGGACGAGGGUCGACGGAGGGCGUAUUAUCAAUUCCACUAGUGAUCAUGGCAUCAAAAGAAAGCGGGACGAGGUCGGAGGGUUAGAAAAUGUCGAGGAUGAGGACGUUAAGAAGAAAAAGAGGAAGAGAAAGGAGACACUGGCCGAUGAUGAGUCCGCAAACAUCAAAAAUAUCAACAAGGCGAAGCGGAAUAAGAAGUCGAAAUCCAAGGACAAAUCGCAGGAUGUCUCGAAUCCAGCCGACGAAGUAGAAUCCUCAGGAAGCAAGUCGAAGAAGAAGAAACGGGAAAAAAGCCGGAAAGAAGAUCAGUCUGCUGAAGCAUCACCGACCUCUGGUACUACCGAUGCGGAAGAUAGUGUCAGUAACGGCCAAUUAUCGGAGAAAGAUGCGCGGAAAAAACGAAAGGAGCUGAAAAAGCCCAAGAAGGAAUCCAAGCGUCAAUCAGAGGACAACAGGGAGUCAAAGAGCCGGAAAAAGAGGAGGAAAAUGGAAGCAGACGACAAAUGA